AUUGAGAUUAACAUCACCAUGAUUAUCAGCGAUAGAAAAAUUAAAAUCUAAUCUAGUUCACAAUUAAUUGAGAAUGGAAGAUUUUUACCAAUAAAUUAACUUGUAACAGUUAAUUUACAUUAAUGAUGAUGAUGGUAACCAUGAUAACAGAAACAAUGAAGAUAAAAUAAUAGACAAAACCAAGGGGAGAGUAAACAAAUUACGAAGAUAAAACAAUAAUUAGAAACCACAAGCAACAAAAUUAAUUGUAAUAAACAUUAAUUGUAGAAGAGAAAAGUUAAUUAAUAUAAAAACAAUUAGAGAAAACGAUUUAAUUGUUUGUCGUUCAAUCAACUGUUUACAUAAAUUAGAAAAGAACAAACAAAAAAUUCUUUUCUAUUUCUCUGUCUACUUUUCUGUCUAUUUUUCUAUUUUCUAACUUAACCCUUUUGCCUCCAUUUUCCUUUGUCAUCAUUUACUUUUUUCUUUCUCUUUGUUAAUGUAGCAACUUUUUUAUUAAUUUCGCUGUGAUUUAAUUGAUUUGAUUUUUCUUUUUUUUUGAUUUUGUGUCGAGAUUUUUUUCUUAAUUGUGUUGUCUACAAUUACGAGGUGUCAAUCAAUUUGUCAAUCAUUCAUUUAAAUAGAGACACUAUUAACCCUUAAUGUACCAGUGUUACUUUAACUCUAUCCAUCACUACCAUCAUUAUCAUCAAUCAUUUGGGAAAUACUUGACCCCACCAACGCCUUACCUUAAAUUUUGGCUAUUCCAUAGUCCCCUUAGACUGUUUUGUUCUGUUGCCGAUUAUUUGGUUAAAUUACCUAUUGUUUUAUUUGGAGUAAUCGUUGGUCACUUUUUUGGUUGAUUAGAAAUAGAGAGAGAGAGAGAGGAAAAUGACCAUCGCCACGGAUUCUGUUUCUGUUACUUCUUCUUCUGCCAAAGGCUCAGCUACUGCUGCUCUUAUGAAUGUUCUCAAAGGUAAUAUUGGUACUGGAAUAUUAUCUAUGCCUAUCGCUUUUAGAAAUGCUGGUAUUAUGGCGGCCAUUUUUACGCUUCCUCCUAUUGGACUGAUUUGUAUCCAUGCGAUGUUCCUACUGGUCAAUGCUAAUCGUAAACUUAUGGAAAAACUUAAAGUCUCUGAGCUAAGCUACGAAGAGACUGCCGCUAAAGCAUUUGAAAAUGGUCCACCCCAACUUCGUCCUUAUGCUGGACUCAUAACUAAAUUGGUGUCAACAUUUUUAGUAAUCACUCAAUUCGGAAUAACGGUAGCAUAUAUUUUAUUUGUAGUGGAAAGUUUUCGAAAGGUAUUAUCCAAUUACGCUGAAAAUGCUGAGAAAUUUGGUAUCGAGGUUUACAUCAUGGCUUGUUAUCCAUUAAUGUUGGCUCUCAAUUGCAUUAAAACACUUAAAUAUCUUGCAAUUGCUUCAGCAAUUGCUAAUUUACUACAAGGAAUUGGACUUCUUGUCGUGCUUGCUAAUUUAAUUCAAGAUCUUCCACCGAUAACUACCGUUAAAUAUACGAAUUGGGAAUCAUUUCCAUUAUUUUGUGGAACUGCUUUUUUCUCCUUCGAAGGUAUCUCAAUUAUCUUACCUAUCAAGGAUUCCAUGAAGCGAGCAGAUAAAUUUGGUGGCCCUUGUGGGGUUUUAUCAAUUGGAAUGCAAAUUGUCACCGUGUUGUAUUGUAUUAUAGGAUUUUUUGGUUACCUUAAAUUUGGUGAAAAUAUCGCCUCCACCGUAACUAAUAAUCUUCCCUCCAAAGUCAUCUAUGAUAUUGUACGUUUGAUGUUUGCUGUUUCGGUUUUUCUUUCAUAUCCAUUGCAAAUGUUUGUACCGAUCAAUAUACUUUGGCCAACAUUUCAGUCCAAAUUGCCAUUGAAAUGGCAAAAGAUGGAAAUUUUUAAUGUAAUUUAUCGUGGAUCUUUAGUUAUGUUUUCAUUUCUCGUAGCUUCAUUUGUGCCUCAUCUUGACCUUGUUAUCUCUCUGGUUGGUGCCUUCUGUAGUUCUUCAAUUGCUGUACUAUUUCCACCGGUUAUUCAUUACGCUGCUUUCUGGGAGCAUCGAGAAUCGUAUAGUAAACUCAAGUGGAAUUACAUAAAAGUAAAAGCAGUCCUUAUUUUCAUCUUCGGAGCGAUUGGAUUUUUCCUUGGUACAUACACCAGUGUAUUAGCUAUUUGGAAUGCACCUUCAGAAUCUGAUAAACAUUGAAUUAAUCAUUUUUAUACUCACCUACUCUAAGUCAUCUUGCUCAUCAUCAUUAUCAUCAUCAUCAAAAUAAUGACAAAUCAAUGUUAUAUUUAAAAUUUUUAAUAAUUUUAUCGUUGAAGAUAUCAAGUUAAUUUUUAUUAUUAUUGUGAUUUAAAGUUAGAUUUGUUUGUUAAAUUUAUUAUUCUAUUUUUUGAUGUAAAGACAAUAACGUUUUCUUUGUAUGCAUAAACUUUGCAUA